AUGAUCGCCGCGGCGUUUCUGGUGCUGCUGAGGCCGUACAGCAUCCAGUGUGUCCUGCUCCUGCUGCUCCUUCUGCUCGGAACCAUAGCCACCAUCCUCUUUUUCUGCUGCUGGCACCGCAAGCUCCGCGAUGGGAAACAUCCGAUAAAAUCCGUGCUCUCCGGACGCUCGAGGAGCCGCGGUGAGUUUGGCCUCAGAACGCAUCACUUUCGGUCUGAGGGCUUCCGGCACAGUCCGCGCCACACCAGGAGGGUCGCGCGCGCCCGCGCGGCGGAGGAGAAGCCCAUCCUGGUGGAGGCGCCAGAGAGCGACCCGGACUCGGCUUCCGCUGCGAGGAAGCGCAAAGUGAAGAAGAGAGUCCUGCCGGAGUUUUACCAGUCCGUGCAGGUCACCCCGACACGCAAACCUAGUUCCAGUUCGGGAAACCCGUCCCUCCACUGCUCCAUGUCUUCGUCGGCGGAUUUCUCGGACGAGGACGAGUGCAGCUACAGAUCUGGUUCGGCGUCGCCGGCCCCCGGGGACACGUUGCCAUGGAACCUGCCCAGGCACGAGAGGUCCAAGAGGAAGUUCCACGGGGGCUCCGUGCUGGACCCCGCGGAGAGAGCCGUGCUCCGGAUCGCAGAUGAGAGAGACAGAGUGCAGAAAAAGACUUUUACAAAAUGGAUAAAUCAGCAUCUACUGAAGGUACGGAAGCAUAUAAAUGACCUGUAUGAAGAUUUGCGAGAUGGACAUAACUUGAUCUCGCUGCUGGAGGUCUUGUCUGGAGACAAAUUGCCUCGGGAAAAGGGGCGGAUGCGCUUCCACAGACUCCAGAAUGUACAAAUAGCACUGGACUACUUAAAGAGGCGGCAGGUCAAACUUGUAAAUAUCAGGAAUGACGACAUAACGGAUGGGAACCCGAAGCUGACCCUGGGAUUGAUCUGGACCAUCAUUCUGCACUUUCAGAUCUCAGAGAUCCAUUUUGAAGGGGUGUCUGAGGACAUGACAGCCAAGGAGAGGCUGCUGCUCUGGUCCAAGCAGACCACUGACGGCUACGUCGGCAUCCGCUGUGAAAACUUCACUACCUCCUGGAGGGACGGGAGGCUAUUUAACGCCAUCAUCCACAAAUAUAGGCCAGACCUGGUUGAUAUAAGCCGAGUGUCGACUCAGACCAGCAGAUCAAAUCUGGAACAGGCCUUCUGUCUGGCAGAACAGCUGGGGGUGACCAGGCUGCUGGACCCUGAGGACGUAGAUGUUCAGUCCCCUGAUGAAAAAUCAGUUAUCACGUACGUCUCCUCACUGUAUGAUGCCUUCCCCAAAGUACCUGACGGAGUCGACGGUAUCAGUGCUAAUGAUGUUGAUAUCAAGUGGGUGGAGUACCAGAAUAUGAUCAAAUACCUCAGCCAGUGGAUCAAACACAACGUGACUGUAAUGUCGGACAGAGCAUUCCCCAACAACCCUGUAGAACUCAAGGCACUUUAUACACAGUAUUUGCAGUUUAAAGAACAUGAAAUCCCACUGAAAGAGAAUGAGAAGACCAAAAUUAAACAUCUGUAUAAAAUGCUAGAGGCGUGGAUUGAAUUUGGACGCAUUCAGUUGCCCCAAGGUUAUCACCCAAAUGAUGUGGAGAAGGAAUGGGGCAAAUUGAUCGUGGCUAUGCUGGAAAGGGAGAAAUGUCUGCGACCUGAGGUGGAAAGACUGGAGAUGCUGCAGCAGAUUGCCAACAGGGUCCAGCGGGACUGUGUCAAUGGAGAAGACAAGCUAGCAUUGGCCAAAACUGCCCUGCAGUCGGAUAUAAAACGUCUUGAGUCUGGUAUUCAGUUCCUGAAUGAGGCUGAAAUUGCUGGCUACCUUUUGGAGUGUGAGACUAUUCUCAGACAACAAGUGGUGGACAUCCAAAUUCUUCUUGAUGGGAAAUUCCCCUUUGCAGAUCAGCUGGUCCAAAGGGUAUCAAAACUUCGGGAUGACCUUCUAGCCCUCAGAACUGAAUGUUCUUCUGUGUAUAGAACGGGUCACACCCUGACCACAGAACAAACCAAGAUGAUGAUCUCAGGCAUCACACAAAGCCUAAACUCAGGCUUCUCCCAGAACCUUAACGCCGGUCUGACCCCUGCACUCACCCCCGGGGGUCUGGUCACCCCAGGAUCAACUUUCACCUCUAGCCUUACCCCUUGUCUGCCCUCAACCUUGACCCCUGCCUUGACCCCCGGCCUGCAGCCUCCUUCAGUCCAGGCUUAUGUGGGGGGUGGAGGGGGUGUAGACCCAGGGUCACUCAAGCAUCUGAAACACAUGCAGAUACGCAAACCUCAAGGAAAAUCUUCAUGGGUGGACCCCAACAUGACAGAGGAGGAGGUCAACAUGAAUUUUAUUCAAGACCUGCUCAACUGGGUGGAGGAGAUGCAGAUGCAGUUGGACCGUGCAGAGUGGGGAUCAGAUUUGCCAAGUGUUGAAACGCAUUUAGAGAAUAGCAAAAGUGUACACAGAGCCAUUGAAGAAUUUCAGAUGAGUCUCAAAGAAGCCAAACUCAGUGAGAUUCAAAUGACCCAACUUCUAAAAUCAACUUAUUCUGAAAAACUGAACAAGUUAGAGAGCCAGUAUGAGAGGCUACUUAACCAAUCAAGAGAGCGGCAGAGCCACCUGGAGAGCCUGCACGACUUUGUGUCGCGGGCUACCCAGGAGCUUAUAUGGCUAAAUGAGAAAGAGGAAGAGGAGGUUGCCUUUGACUGGAGUGAUCGCAAUAGCAACAUCUCUAAGAAAAGGGACUAUCAUGCCGAUCUAAUGAGGGAGCUGGAUGAAAAGAAGGAGGUGAUGAAAUCCGUGCAAGACAAGGCAGAAAACCUUCUCCUCAAGAACCACCCUGCCAGACUAACUAUUGAAGCGUACAGAGCUGCCAUGCAGACCCAAUGGAGCUGGAUCUUGCAGCUCUGCUCUUGUGUAGAACAGCAUCUCAAAGACAAUGCAGUUUACUUUGAGUUUUUCACUGAUGCCAAAGAGUCCAUGGACAACCUCAAGAAUCUACAAGAAGCCAUUCAAAGAAAGUAUAGCUGUGAUCGAACAAGCAGCUUACACAAGCUUGAGGAUCUUCUUCAGGAGUCCAUGGAUGAGAAAGAGCAGCUCCUUCAGUACCGUAGCACUGUAGCUGGGUUAGUGGGCAGAGCGAAAACCGUCAUUCAGCUCAGGCCCAGAAACACAGACAACUUUGUGAGGUCUUCCAUUCCUGUCAAAUCCAUCUGUGAUUACCGUCAGAUAGAGAUAACCAUCUAUAAAGAUGAUGAGUGUGUGUUGGUCAAUAACUCUCACCGAGCCAAGUGGAAAGUGAUCAGCCCUGCAGGAAACGAGGCCAUGGUGCCCUCUGUCUGCUUCACAGUACCGCCACCCAAUAAAGAGGCUGUUGACAUGGCUGGCAGAAUUGAACAACUAUACCAGAAUGUUCUGGCUUUGUGGCACCACUCCCAUAUCAACAUGAAGAGUGUGGUGUCUUGGCACUGUCUUAUGGCUGAUAUCCAAGCCAUCCGCAACUGGAACGUGGCCUCAAUUAAGACCAUGUUGCCCGGUGAGCAUCAGCAGGUCUUGAGCAAUUUGCAGUCCCACUUCGAGGAUUUCCUGGGAGACAGUGAAGAGUCUGAAGUAUUCAUGGUGGCAGACCGCGCCCAGCUCGAGAGGGAUGUAGCUGCCUGCAAGGAGUUUUACGAAGAGCUGCUCAGAUCUGCUGAGAGAGAGGAACACGAAGAGUCUGUUUGUAAUCAUUACAUCUCAGAGAUACGCAACUUUCGAAUGCAUCUUGAAGCCCAUGAGGAACGCUUGAUCAGGCAAAUCCGUACUCCGCUGGACAGAGACAACCUGGAGCAAAGUCUACUGUCCAUUAAAGAGCACGAGAAGAAGACAGCAGAGCUGAACCAGCUGAAGGAAGACCUUGAGGUCAUGAAGAAGAAGUGUGAGAUGUUCCUCAGACAGGCUUCAGCCUCCCCAUCUGUUCCGACUCUUUCCUCCGAGCUCAACGUCCUCAUUCAGAGCAUGAGUCAAGUCUACUCCAUGUCUUCCAUCUAUAUGGAAAAGCUGAAGACAGUGAGUUUAGUAGUGAAGCACAGCCAGGGUGCAGAGGCACUAGUUAAAGCCUAUGAGUCAAAACUCUAUGAUGAAGAUGCUGUGAAUUCUGACCUCAAGACCAUUGAGACAGACAUUUCCAUGCUCAAGCAAUGGCGAACAGAGAUUGAUGAGAAGCAGGAGGUGUUCCACAACAUGCAGGAUGAGCUGCAGAAGGCACGAGCCAUCAGUGAUCGCAUGUUUAAGGCCCACAACGAGCGUGACUUCGACCUGGAGUGGCACAAAGAGAAAGCUGAUCAGCUGAGCGAGAGAUGGCUUAACGUUCACUCCCAGAUUGAUAGCAGGUUGCGGGAUCUUGAAGGUAUCAGCAAAUCUCUGAAGUACUAUAAAGAUUCUUACAACACCCUCAAUGACUGGGUCACAGACAUGGAAGCCACACAGCUAAAGGCCCAAGAAAACAAACCAGAAGAUAGUAAGGCUCUCUCUGAGCUGCUGAAUAAACAGAAGGUCCUUGCAGCUGAAAUUGAACAAAAACAGAGCAGAGUUGAUGAAUGCCAGAAGUACUCGGAGCAGUACUCUUCAGCUGUAAAAGACUAUGAACUUCAGUUGAUGACCUAUAGAGCAAUGGUUGACUCCCAACACAAAUCCCCCCUCAAAAAACGGAGGAUUCAGAGCUCUUCCGACACCAUCCAACAGGAGUUUAUGGAUCUCCGAACCCGCUACACUGCUCUUGUUACUCUUCUGACACAGUAUGUGAAGUUUGCUAGUGAAACACUGAAGAGAACUGAGGAUGAGGAGAGAUCUGUUGAUGAGGAGAAGAGAGAGCAUGGUGAUAAAGUUAGCAAACUGCUGCACUGGGUGUCCAACGUGAAACCGAGCCUGAACAAUGACGGUACAGCUCUGAAAGAUGGUAACGCCAACCAAGAAGCUCCUAACAAGCCCCAGGUUUCGAUGGAGGAGAUGGUAACCAAGAAGGAGCAAAUAGCAGAAGCGCUGAGGUCCACGCAGAUGAUGCUGAAUAAACAUAGUGACAAGAUGAGUGAGGAGGAGAAGCAGAAGGCCCAGGAGCAGCUCAGGGCUCUCAGCCAGGCCUACUGUGAUCUCUCACAACACUGUGCGGAUCAGACGCCCUCUGCAGACCAGGAUUUGGCAAGCGCAGAUGACAUUUCUAAGCCAGAGGAUGGAGAUGCGCACUCUGGUCGAAGUAGCUUGAUUGAUCAGAUGGCUGGAGAUGUUCUGUCAGAGGCCCAGUCUAAAAAAACGUCUGAUUUCCUGAUGUCGACAGACUUGGAUUCUCUGAAGCAAGAUCUUACUAAUAACUCAACUCUGUGUAGACUGAGUUCACAAUUCUCCUCUGUACCGCUUUCUGAAAUAGCAAUAGCAAGGAAAGGAGGCAUCUCUGAGCAACUAAUCAUCAAAGUAAUGGAGAUCAAACACGGCAGUGAUGGUUCGAAGGUGGGCUAUACAGGGGAAGCAAUGAGCCUGGAGACAGCGUUUCAGUUUGGCGUGAUUCCUGCUUCUCUGUAUGUAGAGGUUCUUCAGAGGCACAAGACCCGGGAGGAUCUCAUGUGUCCCGACACGGCUGAAAAGGUUUCAGUGUUAGUGCCUGAGCAGAGGAGUACACCUUGUGAGGAGAACGGACUGGUAUCUAAGGGCCAAUAUGGAGAUAUACAACUGAGGCCAGGGAUGGGUGCUAGUGUCAUGGGAGAUUUUAGUGAAGGCUCAAUAAAUCAGAAGGCCAGACUCAGGCUUUUAGGGCCUCAGAUGAUGUUGAGGGGAGUUAGUGACUCCAAAACAGAUGGAGCGACUGAGGAAGAGGGCUGGUUGGAGAAUGUCAUAGAUCAGAAUACGUCAGGUAUGAUCCUGUGUCCACAGAGCCAACUCGGAAGCAUUGUGAACCUCCAGGACGAGGGCAAGCUAACAGUGGAUGAAGGUGUUCAGUGUGAUAUGAUGCGCUAUAGCAGCACACUCAUCGUGCUUGGUAAACAGUGGGAGUUUAUGGGACUUGUAUUGCCUUGCUCUGGGGAAAUCUUCACCAUGUCCACCUCAAGGCAGCACACAUUCGGUGGCACCGAAUUUAGUAGCAAACUGCUCAGUAACCGACAAAAGAUAGCUGCUUUUUACAUACCAGAAAAUUCUGAGGUGGUAGACGUCGCCUCUGCCGUUAAAGAUUGUUUGAUUGACAGUUGUACAGCAGAGGUUUUGAAAACUAUAGAAUUUUCUGAUGCGUUUUCGGAUUUUGAUCAACUUAGUGCAAAAUUUUCAUCUUGGCUAAUGUUUAAAGAGCUUAACAUUGUUGGAGGCUGUCAUGUCACAGAUUGUCCAGAUGUUGGAGAAAGGAACAUUAAUUCCCCGUCUCCCAAAGAGGCAAGACAAUUAUUCAUCUCCUACCUUAUGAUGAACAGCUACAUCGAUCCAGACACCAACCAGAGGCUGUUAAUACUUGAUAGACAGUUUUCGAAAAUAGCGAGACAAUUCGUUGAGGAUCCAGACAUUUUUGAAAGCAGAGAACCGAAAUAUUCAUCUCUCACUUCAAAUAUCAGUGCUGGCCAAGAAAAGGUAGAUUUACAGUUGUCUUUCGAGAGCGAAAAAGACACGGUGGUUUUGUUGCACAUAAAUGUGGAAACAGAUGAUUUAAUGAAAAAUGGGCAAGCAUUUGACCGUCAGGAUUUUGGUCCCUUGGUGAAUGAGGACACGUCUGAUGAAAAAAUCUCAGGUAAUGAUGAGGUACUUCAACAACUACAACCCAUGGAGGAGUGUUCAGUAGAUGAGUACUCUGUUAGGGGCACCUUACAUUGUGAUCCAAAUGAACAUGUAUUUCAGAAGUACACAAAUGGCACACACGAUGCUAAUGUUGAAAACUGUCCAGGUAUUGCUGGAAAUGUAGAAACUGAAUUUGGAGAUGCUGUUAGUCAAGGUAUGGAUAUCCCUGUUGUUCCGGAGAAUUCAGACCUUCCCACCUCAUUUUCAGGGAAUAAUGCAGACGUCAGCUUGCCCUUACCGGUAGAUGACUGCAACAUUCAGAUAUCACCUGUCAACUCUUGUCAUCAAACACAAACACGACAUGAUCCUGAUUCAGUGUGUGUGCUUUUAAGAGGUGCUGAUGAAACAGCCACAGAGUUGCCAAGCUCUGUGGAUGUUUUUUGGGGGGGAAACGAACAAGACUAUGCCAUUCAUCUUCUAAGAGCCCAGGUUGAGGAGGGGGGCAUUUUGGAUGUCACAUCUGGGAAGCGCUAUGACCUGGAGGCGGCUGUCAGUAAGGGCCUUGUUGAUGGGGGGAUGGUAUUAGAGCUGCUUUCACUGCAGCAAACAGGAAAAAGAGGUAUCACGGGGGGUGAUGAGGGCAAAAUGUCUAUCCUAAAACAAGCAGUGUCAGAUGGCUGCAUAUCUUCUAAUGUUGCUCUCCAUAUUAUGGAGCAACAGAGCCUUUUGGGUGGUGUGUAUGACUCACAAUCUGGUUGUCUUAUAAGUGCUGGUGAGACACUGGACUGCGUAUCCAUUAGUGGUGAAUUUGUUGAUGCAAUCCUUCAUUCAGCCCCGAUACCCGAGCCCAUCAUCUACCCAGAGGGAAAAUGGAGUCAUUGCACCCCUGAUAACCAAAGCCAGGGAUUCACAAACGCAAAUGAGAUUGAGAAUGAAUGGCAUGAGAAAACGGAGAAGAAAGUUGCCGUCAUGGUGCUUGAGCUCACCGAUGAGCAGGCUGAUAAAAAAGGGGUCGAUAUUAAGAGCCAACAUGCGUCAGAGAACUGGAAGGCAGGAGGAAAUGUAGAGGAGAUGAGUAAUCAUCCUCGUCCUUUACAUCCCCCUUUCAUUGAUCAUGAGCUGGCCUGCAUUCAGAUGACCACACCCAGCUCACAGAGUCAGGUUACAGAGAAAUGUGCUAUUCAUCAGUCUGACAGAACAUCUUUACUGAGUCAAGACUGUGACCGAGAGGUGUUACUCAGUAGUGAUCUAAUGGAUAUGACCUGUCAGUCUGGAAAUAUCAUUCAAAAUGCUGCUCAACUGAACUUGUCGCAGCUGUCUGAUUUGAGUGAUGGAGCACAUGAGGGUAACGUUCAGACUGACAGCCAGAGUAAAUAUGCUGUCUCUCUUGAACAGCCCUCUAGGGGAGAUGGCUUACAAGUAAAUGAAGAUUUUCUCAGAGCUGAAUGUCACGCCUUGGUGGGGAAUCAGGCUGUGAGUCCUGUUCAGAGCGACUCGGGUGUGUCAUCACCCUUCAGCGAUGUGUUUUUUGAAGAAGGUAGGAUGGAGAAUGUAGUUGGGGCUAUUCAGUCAUCCCUGGUCAGUGAGCUAGCUCUGAGUGCAGAUUACUCAUCACCCAGGGAGUUGUUUGAAAGCACUUUUACCUCAGACUCCCAGUCGAAUGAUGUCCAUGUGAAAAUGAUCACAGAAGAUGACAUAAUUACAUUACCUCAGCAACCAGUAUGCUAUAAUUCAGAGCCAGAUUUCAGUACUGAAAAUGAGCCCAAAUGCUGCCAAAAUGGUCUGACCGAAAGCUCGCUUCACUGUGAGAUAACUCCACAGCAACUGAAUUACUCCUCUCAACAAUCAGUUAUUUCAGGUGAAUUUGAUUCAACAUUAAACAUUGUCAGUCGUGGCUGUGAUGUCGAAGAGUCAGAGCUUUGCAAAUCGGUUCCUAUUGGAAUCGUUGCGGGGAUGUCAAUGACUUAUAACUGUCUGACAAAUUCAAAUGACAGUGCUGCCGAUGAGAUUGACUCGAAUGACUGUGAGAUUUACCCAGAGAGGCAACAUUGGGACAUUUUCACAGUCAGCAAUGAAGACAAGCAGACGUCCAUGUCUACACAUGCACAGUCAGCGGAGACAAGUGAUAGCAAAUGCAGUGAAGGUAUUAAUGAAUGGGCCUCGUGCUCAAACCUAGCGUUGGGAUCAGACAUCGAGUCGGUGCAUUUUUCAGAUGGAGUAUUGGCAGGUUUAGGAUUAGAGUUGUUCACAGAUGGAAGCAACUUAGAUACGAGUCAUUUAGUUGAGAAUCCCCAAGUAUUUACUGAUGUUCUGUUGGAUUACACAGUUAUAUCUGAUACUGAGUGUCAACCCACAUCAAUUAUUUCUAGUGCAGUAAGGUCAAGCCAAGAUGGGCAGGGUAAAAUAAGUGUGGAAAGAGAUAUCCACGACUUGGAGGAGGUAGAAACUCAAGAUGUUGAAGGUGUUGCCAAUGUGAUCGAGAGCAUUCCUCAGUCCUCAUGGAGAGAUAAUUUGGUUGAAAAUAGCACAACCUGUGGAUUUAAGGCAAGUAGCUCAGACUCUGCUAUGGAGUUUCUGGAGCUGGAUGCCCCAGUUUCCAAGAGCACAGAAACAGGGAACUCAGAUUGGAUACCCCAAGAACAAAAAGUCCAGGAGGAGACACACAGUUCAGAUGUUACAAGCAUCCAGUCCCAACUACUGCAGGUUCUUCAGAGCAUGUCCUCAAACCAAGACCCAUCCCUGCUGCAGGGUGUGAUGGAGACCUUAUGUACUGUUCUGGGUGGUGCUUCUCAGGAGGACAGACGCCACACCCUGGAGAUCAUACAGGAAGAGAUCACAGAAGAGGAGGCUGAGCUGUCAACAGAGGACAUCUCAGAUCUCUCUCUCACUACCCAAAUUAGUCCCCAGCCAUCUGUACAGACUGAUUCCGAUGUCAUGAAAGCCAGAGACGUCGCAUUAAAUGAUACGCUGUACUCCAUCCAUGAUUAUUUGGAGUGUGUUGGGAGACUGCAGGAUCAUGCUGAUGUUUUAGACGAUGUCAGAACUGACCUCUUAGCUCAGGCACCCUUGACCAGCAACGUAGAAGAGUUACAGAAUCAACUGGAAAAAUCACAGGACACGGAGAGCAAUCUACUGAAGAGGAUCCGGCUUGAAUUAGAGGACCUAGCCUUUGAUAUCCAGUGCUUUAUAUCCGAGCACACCCAGUCCUUGAGCCCGACUAAGAGCAAGCACCUUCUCAAAUUAUUGAGCACCACGCAGCGGGCCUUCAGGGAACAAACCGAGGCUCUGGUUACCCAGAGACGCAUCCUGGAAGAUAUUCUAGAGACCAGGGAGAGAGAGAGUCAGCUGAAGUGUGUAGUGGAGAAACACAAGGAGUUUUCAAACAAGUUGGAGGAACUCUGUGACAGCCUGACCCUGACAGAGAACCGGCUGAUUGGUCAUCAGCAACAGGCAGAAAACACAGAAACUGUCAGAGACCUGCAGCAAUAUCAGCAGGAGCAUCAGGCUCUGCAGAAAGAUGUGCUGACAAAUGCGAGUGCCUUGAAUGAGGUUAUCACCAGUACUAAAAAGUUUCUGGAGGAGAACCAGAGCAAGCUGACGCCUGAACAAAUCACUGACAUCGAGAACAAGUUAGAGGAGGCCAAGAGCAAAGCCAAACUCAUUGACCAACGGGCUGAGGAAUCCAGGAAAGACUUGGAGAAGGUUGUUACCACAGCUAUAAAACAGGAGAGUGAGAAGGCUGCAGCUGUUGAACAGCUUGAAGAAAGCAAGAACAAAAUUGAGGGUCUCCUGAGCUGGAUAUCCAACAUAGGGAAUGAGAAAGAGACCGGUCUUGAACAAACCGGCCAUAUAAGCCGACAAAAUGGAAACAUUACAGAUGAAACGUACGCCAAGGGCUUGAUGGAAGAGGAUGAUGACGCCAAUGGAAACGCUCCACAAACUACAGAAAAUGAUGGUGUGAGGGAUGUGAGUGGGAAGCCCUCCUCUUCACUGGACCUUGACAAACAGUAUGACAGACUCAAGGCCCAUCAUCAGGAGAUUCUGUCCAAGCAGCAGGAUCUGAUCAUGGCCACCCAGUCCGCCCAGGCUCUCCUCGACAAGCAGGCUCAGAUGCUGUCACCGGAGGAGAAGGACAAACUACAGAAGGACAUCCAGGAGUUGAGGGGGCGCUACGAGACCUCCUUAGCGCAGGCCGAGCAGCAAAUGAAGCAGGUGCAGUGUGUCCAGGAGGAGCUCAAGAAGUUUCAAGGUGACUGUGAGGAGUUUGAAGUGUGGAUAAACCAGGCUGAAGGAGCAUUAGAGGAAUUGGGGGUGCCUGCUGACAGCCUCAAUAUUCUCAGCGACAACCUCCAGCACCAGAAAAACUUCUCAGAAGAUGUUAUCUCUCACAAGGGGGACCUGCGCUUUAUCACUAUGUCAGGUCAGAAAGUAUUAGACGUGGCUAAAGGCUGUGGAGGCGCUGAUGCAGGGAACAGAAAUGCCCAGAUGCAUGUGGAUACAACGGGAACCUGUGCAGCAGUCAGGAGUAAACUGGAGUCAGCAGCCAGUCGCUACAAAGCUCUGCAUUCUGAGUGCAAUCAACUUGGCAACAACCUCAAAGACGUGGUGGACAAAUACAAGAAGUAUGAAGACUCAUCUGUUGGUCUUUUGAAGUGGCUCGACAGCUCAGAGGAGGAGGCGAGAAGGCAGCAGUCAGAGGCCAUUGCUGCUGACCCACAAUCACUACAGAAACAGCUGGAAGAGACCAAGGCCCUGCAAGGUCAAACAACUGGACGUCAGGCAGCAGUUGACAUGCUACGUAAAACAGCUGACUCUUUGACAGCGUCGGAGGGAAACCUGUUGAGCAAUCCGGAUGAGAUCCAGGAGUCAGUAGAGGACAUCGUGGAGCGGUAUGACAACCUGUCUAAAUCUGUUACUGAUCGGAACGAGAAACUGCAGAUCACCCUCACCCGGUCUAUGAGCGUCCAAGACGGCCUAGAUGAGAUGAUGGCGUGGAUGGAGGGAGUGGAGGAGAGUAUGAAAGGAAAAGAGCAAGUACCCCUGGAAUCUGCAGCAAUAACAGACAUCCUCAGUAAAGAGGCAGCACUUGAGCAAGACAUAGCAAGUCGCCAAAGCAGCAUCUCUGCCAUGAAAGCCAAGGUGAAGAAGUUUGUGGAGACCGCAGAUCCUUCUGCAGCCGCCCUGCUGCAGUCCAAGAUGGAUGGUCUGACCCAGCGCUUCUCUGAUGCCUGUGACCAACAUAAGCAGAAGGUGUUGAGGCUGGAGCAGCUGAAGGAUAAAGUGGAGCAGUUUGAGAAGGCUGCGGAGGGAGUCCAGCAAUUUGUUUUGAAGCGUUCACAGGAUUUGCACGAGACGGACGGCCCAGCCAAAAGUUUCAAUGAACUCUCUCAGCUAAUGGAGGAUACCAAAGCCGAGAUGGCUGAACAUGCCAAUGAUUUAGAGAUGCUGCAGAAACUCGUGAAGGAGCUUUCUGAAAUCAGCCCUGAGGGAAACAUGGCCCAGAUCCAAAGCAGGUUGGACACCGUCUCCAACACCUUUGAUGCCUUCAAGGACACUGUGAGAGAGAAGGAAGAUGAAGUUUCAUCCUGUCAGGACCAGCUUGGAGAAUUCAGGUCUGCAGCCGGAGCCCUGACCAAGUGGCUGGAGAAGACCACCGAGGAAGUACCUGCAGUUCAGCCAAGCAGCAGUGAACAAAGUCUCGGAAAGGACCUGCAGAAAGUCACGGGCUUAUUAGAGGAAUGGGAAUCCAAAGGUCCUGAUGUCCAGGACUUAAAUAGCAAAGGAUCAUCACUAUGUAGCCUCAUCAGUGCCCUCACAUCCCCCGCCAAGAUGAAGACGCCUCAUAAAUCAGCUGUUACUAAUGGUGGAGGUCCGGGGAGCCAUUCAUACUUAACCCAUGAAGAGCUGACGGUAGUUCAGCAGAACAUGUCGUUCAUCAAUGAGGGCUACGAGAGCCUGGGAGACAUGCUGAAGAGUCGAGAGGCCGAGUUGAGCGGGUUGGUUGGAGAGCUGAGAGAGGCACAAGAGGAGACUGACUCCAUGAUGACAUGGCUGAAGGACAUGAAAAAGACUGCAGAAACCUGGCGCUCUGCAACUGCAGAGAAAGACUUGGUAAAAACACAACUUGAACAACAAAAGGCUUUUGAAGAGGAGAUGAAGCAAAAGCAAGAAAGUCUCCAGAAGCUCAGACAGAAGCUCAACCUUUUGAUUGAGAAACAGCCAAACUCCCCUGAUGCAGAAAAUUGGAAGCAGAUUCUGGCACAGAUGGAUGAUGCCUGGGCUGACGUCAGUGGCUCUGUGGAGGAGAGGAAGCAGCACCUGGAACAGUCGAAUAGGAACCUGGACAUCUUCCAAACAACAGAGCCACAGCUCCGUCAGUGGCUCUCAGAGAAAGAGCUGAUGAUGAGUGUCCUUGGACCCCUCUCUAUGGACCCUAACAUGCUUAACAUGCAGAAACAACAAGUGCAGAUCCUUCAGAACGAGUUUAAGAGCCGUAAACCACAAUAUGAACAGCUUGAGGAGGCUGCAUCUGCGAUCCUAAGCUCCACCAGCAAGCAGGACCCCUCCAGUGAGAAGAUGGUGAAGGAGCAGCUGACUGCAGUUUCGCAAAAGUGGCAAGGCCUGACAGGGCAGCUGGACCAGCGAGCCAGCCUUAUUGAUGAGGCUGUGGUGAAGACAGGACGAUUCCAGGAGCUGCUGAAAAGUCUCAGUCAGAGUGUCGCUGAGCUGGAGACUCAGCUCAGCAACCAGCAAGGCCACAGCACCCAACCUGAUGCUGUGAAGAAGCAGUUGGAGCAGGUCCACGAUAUUUCUGCUCAGCUGAGAGAGGAGAGGAAAAGGUUGAAGGAGGCGGAGGCCCUCAGUGCUGAGCUCACGGCUAUAGUGACUGAAGACUAUCUCAAAGCAGACUUAGCCAGGCAGUUGGAGAGUGUCAUCAAUCCUUUCAAGCAGCUGGAGGAGAAAGCAGAGAAGCAGAUCCAGCAGCUGAACUCUACCUUCACCACCUCGCAGCAGUUUCAUCAGACCUCCAAAGACUUCCAGGCCUGGCUGAAUGAGAAGCUCCAGGAGCAGUCUACUCAUCAGUCCAUCUCUGCACAUGUAGAUACCUUACGAGAGAGCCUCAAAGAACACAGUUCUCUCCAGUUGACCCUCAGCAAACAUGAGGAAUCUUAUAACACCAUCAUGGGAGAGGGGGAAAUGCUUCUGCAGAACACUGAUGGUGCAGAAAAGUUGGCCCUGCAAGGGCAACUCUCUGCCCUCUGCUCCAACUGGGAAGAAGUAAAAAAGAGUUCAGUGGACCAGGGUGACAAACUUCAGGGUGCUCUGCAGAGAUCUCUGAAGUACCAGGAACAUGCAGAAAAGCUUAACUCUUGGCUCCAGGAGUGUGAGGCCAGUGAGGGCCUUAUCAAACUAGCUGUUGAUCCUGUGGCAGUAGAGAGCUCCCUCUCUCAGCUGAAAGCUCUCCAGAAGGAUGUGGACAAACAUCGAGGGAUGGUGGAACAGCUCAACGCAGCUGCAGAUAGCCUUCUUGAGGUAGCCAAUGCAGAUACCGAAGCUGUCAAAGAGGAGAAGGGAGGCAUUGGCAGAAGAGUAGACAGUGUAAUGGAGGGCCUUCAGCGCAAGAGGGAUUCGCUGGAGAAGAUCUCACAAACUCUGAAGGACUUUAAUGACACUCACAAAGAGGCAAAGUGUUACAUUGAGGGAGCUAAGAAGCAGGUAGACACAUAUGAAUCACAGGGAGUGCAGGCGUACAGCAACAAGAACUUGACUAACAUGAAAGCCCAACAAAAGAGCUUAGAGGGAGUGCAGAACCAGGUUGAGCACCUGAAGAGCCUAGCCAAGAACCUUGUGCUGGAGGCCCCAGAUGCUGAUGGAGUGACAGACCUUUUACUGCAAGCUGACUCUCUGGAUAAAGACUACGGGUCUCUGAGCAGGAAAGUAGAGGAGACUUGUUCAAACUUAGAGAGUAAGCUUCAGGGUAUUGGACAGUUUCAGAACAACAUCCGUGAGAUGUUUACACGAUUCACAGACUAUGAUGAUGAGUUGGAUGGCAUGGAGCCAGUAGGUCGUGACUUGGCCACUCUUAAACAACAGCAGGACAGCAUCCAGAGCUUUUUGGCUAAGCUGCACGAGCUGAUGACAAACACGGCAAAUGCUGGGGACAGCUGUAAGAAGAUGCUAGAGACUGAACCCUCACCAGACCUGUUAGGCCUGAAGAGAGACCUGGACGCUUUAAGUAAGCAAUGUGGCAAACUGUUGGACAGAGCCAAAGGCAGAGAGGAACAAGUGGGGAAUGCUCUCACUAACCUCGAGGAGCUGUACUCUAAACUUGAGCACUUUAUGGAAAACUUGGAUAGAGCCGUGAAUAAAGAAGAGUCCCAGGGUGCAGUUGGCAUGGAGACAGAGGUUAUCAACAAACAGCUGGAGACCUUCAAGGUAUUUCAGAAAGAGGAGAUCGAGCCACUUCAGACACAGCUUCAUGACAUCAACUCGCUUGGCCAGGGGCUCAUUCAGAAUGCUGCCAAAGGCACCAGCACCAAGGCUCUCGAGGACGACUUGGAGGACAUCAACACAAGGUGGAAUACCCUCAACAAAAAGAUUGCUGAGCGUUCAGCCCAGCUGCACGAAGCCCUUUUGCAUUGUGGGAGGUUUCAGGAUGCUCUGGAGUCCCUGCUCAGCUGGCUGACGGACACAGAGGAACUGGUGGCCAAUCAAAAGGCUCCUUCUGCAGAGUUCAAAGUGGUCAAGGCCCAGAUACAGGAGCAGAAACUCUUACAGAGACUGCUGGAUGACCGUAAGCCAACGGUAGAGCUUAUUAAAAAGGAGGGAGGGAAGGUUGCAGAACUGGCAGAGUCUGUGGAUAAGGAGAAGGUUGCAAAAGAGAUCGAAAGCCUGGGGCAGAGGUGGGACACCAUUCUCAAGAAGGCUGAAAACAGGCACAAGCAGCUGGAGAGCAUCCUGGUAGUCACCCAGCAGUUCCAUGAAACCCUGGAGCCCCUGUCUGAAUGGCUGGCCACCACAGAGAAACACCUGGCGAACUCUGAACCCAUCGGCACCGAGACAUCAAAACUGGAAGAGCAGAUCUCCCAGCACAAGGCCUUAGAGGAGGACAUUAUGAAUCACAGUAAAAACCUGUAUCAGGCGGUCAGCCUGGGACAGAUGCUCAGAGCCGUGAGCUCAGUGGAUGAUAAAGAGUUGGUCCAGGCAAAACUGGAUGCUACCCAGGCCGGUUUUAUAGAGCUCCAGGAGCGCUGCAGAAGGAAGGCUGAGAUGCUGCAGCAGGCUCUGGCAAAUGCCCAGGUCUUCGGAGAGGAUGAGGUGGCCCUCAUGAACUGGCUCAAUGAGGUGCACACUAUGCUGAGCGAGGUGGCUAUGGAAGACUACAAAGCAGACAUUCUUGAAAAGCAGCUUGCAGAACAACGGGCUUUGCAAAGUGAAAUAGAGUUGAAAAAACAGAGUGUGGACCAAGCCAUCUCUAAUGGCAUGGAGUUACUGAAGCAAACAACAGGUGAUGAGGUUGUUGUCAUUCAGGGCAAAUUGGAUGGAAUCAAAACAAAGUAUGCUGAGAUCAGUGCCAUGAGCGGGAACGUGUCGCAGACCUUGGAGCGGGCUCUGACUCUUUCUACCAAGCUGCAGUGUACUCAUGAGCAGCUCAGCUCCUGGCUGGAGAAAGUAGAAGCUGAGAUCAGUGCCUUUGCUGCCCAAGAACCGGCUGGAGAGCAGCUCACUCACGCACAAGACCGACAGAGAGUCUUGUUGAAGGAGUCAAAAGAGCAAAAGCCCCUGCUGGAUAAACUGAACGAACUGAGCAGUUCUCUCCUGGAUCUGGUCCCAUGGCACACUCGUGAGGGUCUGGACAAGAUGGUGACUGAGGAUAAUGAGCGGUACAGGACUGUUCGUGACACCAUUACCCAGCAUGUCGACCAGAUAAACGCCGACAUACUGAAGUCACAGCAGUUUGAACAAGCAGCAGAUGGUGAACUUGCUUGGCUGACUGAGGCUGAGAAGAAGCUGUCGUCGAUGAGCGAGAUCAGGCUGGAGCAAGACCAAACCACUGCUCAGCUCCAGGCACAGAAGGUCCUCUCUAUGGACAUCAUGAGACAUAAAGACACUGUGGAUGAGAUUGUGAAAACAGGCAAGGCCCUCGUGAACAGCAAAAACCAGGAGGAAAAACAAGCCUUGAUGGACAAGAGUCAGACUCUGUUGGACAAGUAUGGUGUUGUUAGUCAGCUGAAUUCAGAGCGUUGUCUGCAGUUGGAGCGAGCCCAGUCUCUAGUCAGCCAGUUCUGGGAGACCUAUGAGGAGUUGUGCCCCUGGCUUCAGGAGACCUUGAUGACCUUUAGUCAGCUGCAUCCACCUGCCAUUGAAUAUGAAACUCUCAGGCAGCAGCAAGAAGAACUCAGGCAAAUGAGAGAGCUAAUCGCCGAGCACAAGCCACAUAUUGACAAGAUGAAUAAGACGGGUCCCCAGCUACUGGAGCUGAGUCCAGUGGAAGGGGAGCCCAUCAGAGAGAAGUACACAGUAACCGACCAGCUGUACACCCAGCUCAAAGCAGAUGUCAAGCAGAGAGCUGCCACUCUGGACGAGGCCAUCUCCAAAUCCACACAGUUCCAUGAUAAGAUUGACCCCAUGCUGGAAUCCCUGGAAAGAAUUGCCGAGCGCCUUCGCCAGCCUCCCUCCAUCUCGGUAGAGGUUGACAAGAUAAGGGAGCAGAUUGCUGAGAAUAAAGCUGUCUAUGUGGACUUGGAGAAACUGCAGCCCUCCUAUGAGACCCUGAAGCAGCGAGGCGAAGAAAUGAUUGCACGGUCAGAAGGGGCAGACAUGGACAUUUCUGCCAAAGCUGUACAAGACAAACUGGACCAGAUGGUGUUCAUCUGGAACGACAUCCAGGCCUUGCUGGAGGAACGGGAGGCUAAGCUCCUGGAUGUGAUGGACCUGGCAGACAAGUUCUGGUGUGACCACUGCGCCCUGAUCGCCACCAUCAAAGACAGCCAGGACCUGCUGAAAGAGCUGGAGGAGCCAGGAGUCGAUCCUUCGGUGGUCAAACAGCAACAGGAGUUUGUGGAGGGGUUCAAAGAAGAAAUAGAUGGACUGCAGGAAGAGCUUGAUGUGGUCCAGAACCUGGGGGCUGAGCUUAUGACUGCCUGUGGGGAGCCUGAUAAACCUGUGAUGAAGAAAAGCCUCGAUGAGGUGAACACAGUGUGGGAAAGUCUGAAUAAAACAUGGAAGGAGCGGGGAGAGAGGCUAGAAGAAGCCAUGCAGACUGCUGUACAGUUCCAGGAUGGCCUACAGGGUAUGUUUGACUGGGUGGAUAUACUGGAGGGCAAACUGGAAUCCAUGUCACCCGUGGGCACAGACCUGGAAACUGUCAAGCAGCAGAUAGUAGAACUGAAGGAGUUCAAAGUGGAGGCGUACCAGCUGCAGAUCGAGAUGGAGCGUCUCAGUCACCAGGCGGGCCUCCUACUGAAGAAGGUGGUGGAGGAGGGUGACCGCUGUGCAAUCCAGGAGCCCAUGUCUGAGCUUAAGAUGCUGUGGGACAGCUUGGAUGAGAAGAUUAUUAACAGACAGCACAAACUAGAAGGAGGCCUGCUGGCUUUGGGACAGUUCCAGCACGCGCUGGAUGAGCUUCUGGCAUGGAUGACCCAUACCGAGGAGCUGCUCAACGAACAGAGAAAGGCUGGAGGAGAUCCCAAAGCCAUUGAGAUCGAGCUUGCCAAGCACCAUGUUCUCCAGAAUGAUGUGUUUGCUCAUAAGACCACGGUGGAGACGGUGAACAAGGCUGGUAGUGACCUGGUUCAAUCCAGUGCUGGAGAAGAAGCUGCCAGUCUGCAGAGCAAACUGGAGAAUCUCAACCAGCGAUGGAAGACCAUCUUGGAGAAGACAGAGCAGAGAAAACAGCAACUGGAAAGUGUCCUGCUCCAGGCCCAAGGUUUCCAUGGUGAGAUAGAAGAUAUGCAGCAAUGGCUGAAAGACACAGAACGUCAGCUGUUGGCAUCAAAGGCUGUGGGAGGCUUACCAGACACGGCCCGGGAGCAGCUUACCGCCCAUCUGGAGUUGUGCUCCACCUUUGAGGCGAAGGAGGAGCUGUAUCAGAUGCUGAUGAGUAAGGGUCAACAGCUGCUCACCAUGACCCCUGAGUGCCCGGAGAGCAACACGGAGCAGGACCUCGCAAACCUGAGGGAGAAAUGGGAAGCUGUGCAGGCAAAGGUUGCUGAGAAAAAGGUUAAACUGGAGGAAGCCUUGACCAUGGCCACAGAUUUCCACAACUCCCUGCAGGACUUCAUCAACUGGCUCACUCAAGCCGAGCAGACGCUGACUAUGGUUUCUCCAGCUUCCCUCAUACUGGAAACCAUUAUGUUUCAGAUAGAUGAACACAAGGUUUUUGUGACCGAGGUGAACUCCCACAGAGAACACAUCAUCGAGCUGGACAAGACAGGCACACACCUGAAGUACUUCAGCCAGAAGCAGGAUGUGGUCCUGAUCAAGAACCUGCUCCUCAGUGUGCAAGGCCGCUGGGAGAAGCUGGUCCAGCGGUCCGUGGAGAGGGGUCGUCUUCUGGAUGAUGCCAGAAAGAGGGCUAAACAGUUCCACGAAACAUGGAAUAAGCUGAUGGAAUGGCUGGAUGAGUCUGAGAAGGCGUUGGACUCGGAGGUGGAAAUAGCAAAUGAUCCUGACAAGAUCAAGAUGCAGCUGGCCCAGCACAAGGAGUUCCAGAAAGCUCUUGGCAGCAAGCACUCCGUGUACGACACCAGCACGAGAACAGGGCGGGCACUGAAGGACAAGACCUCCCUGCAAGAUGACAAUCAGAAGCUGGAUGACAUGCUUAGUGAACUGAGGGACAAAUGGGACACGAUCUGUGGCAAGUCCGUCGAGAGACAAAACAAGCUCGAGGAGGCGCUGUUGUUUUCUGGCCAGUUCACAGAUGCACUCCAGGCUCUCAUUGACUGGCUUUACAAGGUGGAACCUCAGCUGGCUGAGGACCAGCCAGUCCACGGAGACAUCGACCUCGUCCUCAACCUGAUUGACAACCACAAGGUCUUCCAGAAGGAGUUGGGUAAAAGGACCAUGAGUGUUCAGGCCCUCAAGCGUUCAGCCCGGGAGUUGAUCGAGAGCAGUCACGAUGACUCCUCCUGGGUCAAAGUCCAGAUGCAGGAGCUUAGCACCCGCUGGGAGACUGUGUGCUCCCUCUCGGUGUCCAAGCAAGAUCGGCUGGAGCAAGCUCUGUGUCAGGCGGAGGAGUUUCACUCUACAGUUCACAUCCUGUUGGAGUGGUUGGCUGAGGCAGAGCAGAGCUUACGCUUUCAUGGCAGUCUGCCCGAUGAUGAAGAGGCCCUCCGUACUCUGAUCGAGCAACACAAGGAGUUCAUGAAGAAACUGGAGGAGAAGAGAGUGGGUCUGAACAAAGCAAUCAGUAUGGGAGAGGCUAUCUUGAGCAUCUGCCAUCCAGACUCUAUAACGACCAUCAAACACUGGAACACAAUCAUUAAGGCCCGAUUCGAGGAGGUUCAGGCGUGGGCCAGACAGCAUCAGCAGCGCCUGGUUGGGGCCCUCAACGAGCAGUUGGCCAUGCAAGACCUGCUUGAGAGUCUGCUUAGUUGGCUGCAGUGGGCUGAGACCAAUGUCAAUGACAAAGACAAGGAACCAUUGCCACAGGAGAUAGAGGAGGUCAAAAGUCUCAUAGCAGAGCACCAGGCAUUCAUGGAGGAAAUGACCAGGAAGCAACCAGAUGUUGACAAGAUCACCAAGACACACAAAAGGAAGGUUGCAAUGGAGCCCCAAAUCCAGUCUCAGAUCCCUGUGCUCGACAAAGGAAGAGCUGGAAGAAAGCGCUCUCCCACGCAAGCCAUGUACCAGUCAGCUACACAAGCCCCCAUUGAGACCAAGAACCCACAAGUGAACUUGCUGGUCAGCAAGUGGCAGCAAGUGUGGCUGCUGGCUCUUGAUAGGAGGAGGAAACUCAAUGAUGCCUUGGACAGGUUGGAGGAGUUGAAAGAAUUUGCCAACUUUGACUUCGAUGUGUGGCGCAAGCGCUACAUGCGCUGGAUGAACCAUAAAAAGUCUCGCGUCAUGGACUUCUUCCGCCGUAUUGACAAGGAUCAGGAUGGCAAGGUCACCAGGCAGGAGUUCAUAGAGGGCAUUCUCUCCUCUAAAUUCCCCACCAGUCGUCUGGAGAUGAGCGCCGUGGCAGACAUAUUUGACAGAGACGGCGAUGGCUACAUUGACUACUAUGAGUUUGUGGCAGCUCUUCAUCCCAACAAAGAUGCUUACAAGCCGCUAACCGAUGCAGACAAAAUUGAAGAUGAGGUUACACGCCAAGUGGCAAAAUGCAAAUGUCCAAAGCGAUUCCAAGUGGAGCAAAUCGGUGCAAAUAAAUACAGGUUCUACCUUGGAAACCAGUUUGGAGACUCGCAGCAGCUCCGCCUUGUGCGCAUCCUGCGCAGCACGGUGAUGGUGCGGGUGGGGGGCGGCUGGAUGGCUCUGGACGAGUUCCUGGUGAAGAACGACCCCUGUCGAGCUAAAGGCAGGACCAACGUGGAGCUGAGGGAGAAGUUCAUCCUCCCAGAAGGCACCUCGCAGGUGAUGGCAAGUUUCCGCUACCGGGGAAGGAGGUCUCGGCCCUCAUCCAGAGCUGCCUCUCCAAACCGGUCCAACUCCAGCCACAGCUGUCCGCUUCAGGCAAACCCACUAAUGACCAAGACUCCCCAACACAUUACCAGAAAUUAUGAUAAACCGUGGCUUGCAAACAGCAAACCCUCAACUCCUCUUAAAUCAUCCGACUCCUUCGGGAGCCAAGGGUCAUCCUCUGAGAACACACCGGUUCAGGGCAGCAAGUUACGUCUGCCUGGGUACUUAUCCGGGAAAGGAUUUCAGUCCAGCGAGGAGGGAACGCUGAUCAAUGCUGCGGUGCUGAAGGCUCGAGCACAGACGUUAGGUGAGCUGAGAAAAGCCGGCAGUCGACCUGGAAGUAAAGCGGGGAGCAGAGGCAGCAGCCGGAGGGGCAGCGACGCCUCCGACUUCGACAUCUCCGAUAUUCAGUCGGUGUGUUCAGACAUGUCCGAGACCGUGGGCGACGUGACUCGAGCGACGCCCCGCUCCGCAUCCCGCCAGCGCGGAGUAAAACCCUCCAAGAUCCCCACUCCUCAGAGGAGAUCCACCCCCGCGAGCAAGCUGGCCAAGGGAUCGAAGCGAUAGUCAGUGGCCUUGAACGAACCCCUGGAACCAGACGCUCCCUGAGACAAAACGGACACUGGAGAUUCAUAAACUUAAAAGACUGCCAUGUGUUGUGUUAUUUAAGAUGUCGCGAAGAUGUAAAAUAUUCUGUUGAAAGGAAAUAUGGAUUAAUUUUAUGUGAGAAUGGAAUGUCAAUGGCCUUGUGUUUCUGGUCUUAAUGUAUUUUAUUAUUUUGUGAAAAAUGUUCAUUUGUUUUUAUUGCUUUAUUUUAUUGAUGCGAAACCUGUAGAGGUUUGAAAGACAAGAAAAGAAAAACCCGAGGAAGACGACGUUAACGUGAACUAAUAUUUGUACACGAGUAAUGAACUGCAACAUGCAGGAUUGCACUCUUGAGUUCCUGAAUGCACUGUAAUUUAUGUAUGCUGAUGUGUGGGAUGGGUGGUGCAUUACCGCACCAUCCAAAACACUGCGAUUAUCUAUCUAUUUAAAGUGCUAUGAUAUACUGCCAACACGCAUUUAAGGGGCAAUACAGUAUAACACAAGAUACCACAGUGAACACUGCAGAAACUCCUGAAAAGAGAAUGAAAAAAGUAAAACCACUACUGAAGGCGAGUUCACGCUAAAGCCCCCGAAUUAACUGUAGUACAGCUUGUAAGUCCCGUUGUUCAACAGCAGCCGCAGUCCCUGUUUCGUUUGAUCAGCUCACAGCAGUGUUAGGAGUAAACCUGGAGGUGGCGCUCCAUAGUAGGCAUCCUGUAGUGUGUCCCUGUCAGCGUACGGUUACUUUCAGUUCAACUCAAAUGAUUUCUGUAUCAUAUUUGUAAUAAACCUGCUUGCAGAAAGCUACCGUGA